AUGUCCACCGCAAUACCUUCAAUCGCCUGCCUAGGCGUUAUCGGCCGAAAUUUCUCCCUCCUACUCUCUUCCACCAUCGAUGUCUUUGAUCUGCGCGCAAAGACCAACGCAGUCUCAGGGGUUGGCCUCUCGGGAGACUUUGGGCUUCUCCACGCUGUCGAUGACCGCCUUGCUGCCUACGGCUUCGAGACCAACACGGGCGUCCGAAUGGUUUGUCUUGUCGACAUGCGCGGUCGGCGUGUCGAUGGCAACGCCCCGGUAGCUGCAAGUCGGGGCGCUGCUGCAGGCCUACGCGACGCUGAGCUUAAGCCCGUGUUUCGCGCCAUGCAGCAUGCAUAUGUCAAGUUGUUACAGAACCCAUUUUAUGACCCGGAUGAGCAUGCUCCCCUAGGCGGGAGAGGCGGCAAGAAGAUUACAAGUCGCAAGUUUGCUGAUGACAUGAAGAGGAUAGGGGAGGGCUGGACCCCAGGCGUGACAAACCUCUAA